AUGGCCGAUCAUGAUGUCCCCGACUCUACAGACUGGCUCACGACGCCGCUCACUGCCCUUGCCGCCGUCGAAAGCGCUUUGCGAUGUCAAAUAUGCAAGGACUUUUACAAAACCCCUAUGAUCACCACCUGCUGCCAUACCUUUUGUUCACUAUGCAUCCGACGGACUUUGUCCAAUGAAGGAAAAUGUCCACUGUGUCGCGCAUCGGAGCAGGAGCUUAAGUUGCGGAGCAAUUGGUCAAUGGAAGAAGCCGUGCAAGCAUUCAUCAAUGCCAGGCCAGCAACAUUGGAGUUGGCGCGAAGCGGAAACACCAAGAAGACAACCUCGAAACGAAAAACAGUCGAAGAUCAUCCUGAGUCGGGGGAUGCGCCAGACGGCAAGCGACUACGGUCAUCCACGCGACUGCGAAACACCCGGUCGACCCCGUCUUAUGCAAUUCCUACCGAAGAGGAGGAGACUGUCGAACUUUCAGAGGACGAUGAGGACUUUCAACCGGAGCCAGAGGAUGGCCUUGUCGCGUGCCCAGUUUGCGAAAGUCGAAUGAAGGAAUGGCAGGUUUUCAAACACCUCGAGACAUGCACUGGACCUGUACAAAAGCCACGGGGAACUCCUGCAAGUAGCUCAAACCCCAGUUUCAGCCAACAGCGACAUCAAACAAGAGCCCCGGACCGUCUACCUGCAAUCAAUUACUCCAUGUUCAAGGACCAAGCUUUGCGAAAGAAGUUGUCCGAUCUUGGUAUUUCAAAUCAGGGCCCUCGAAUUCUCCUAGAGCGCCGACAUAAAGAGUGGAUGACAAUAUGGAAUUCAAACUGCGACGCUGCGCGCCCAAGAAAACGCCAUGAAUUGUUACAUGAUUUGGAUGUCUGGGAACGGACACAAGGAGGUCGGGCUCCAACAACAGGGCGAUCCGUACAAAAUGCAGCAAUCAUCAAAGACAAAGACUUUGACGGUGCAGCAUGGGCAGCUAAACAUGAUACAUCCUUCAAAGACCUGAUUGCAGAUGCAAAAAGGACUAGGCUUGAGGCCAAAAAGAAGGCUGAACAGGCGGCUAACGAGUCGAAAAAGGAAGACACAACACCACAAGAGAACAACGAUCAAACGCAACAAACCCAUUAUGCUGACUGUCGGGCGGAUUCAAGAUCGGCUUUCCCGUCAAGGCCGGCUGAAGCAGUCCCAUGGGGUGCGUCGCAUUCCGAUAGUCCGUCGCCUGAACGAUCGCUUUCUCAAUCUAAGCGUCACGGAGGAAGCAACAGGGAUUUGAGCAGAGAGCCAUCGGGCACCCGCAGGGACAGGUACUCGCCAAAUCAAAUACACAACAACCCCUGGCCUGAGAAUUACAAUGGCGACUCGUAA